AUGGAGGUUACGAGGAAUAACUUCUCCCGGCUUCUGCCACGGAUGCUGCAGGACAUAGGAGACUGUUCCUUCGUUGCCCUCGACUUCGAAUUCUCAGGGAUUUUCAACCAGAAGCUACGGCCUGCUUCGACCUAUGUUGACGGUGACCUGAGCCUGCAGAAGCGGUACGAAGAAGUAAAGCAGGCUGCAGAGGAGUAUCAGAUCCUCCAGGUUGGCCUUACACUGGUGGUUGAGGAUAGUCAAAAUGGUUGGAGAUAUCCCUUCUAUACCUUGGCAUCGUCGUUUUCUUUAGCUCUGGCCUUCCUGAUGAGCCAUGGGUUUCGGGUAGAGUCAAUAUUUACAGAUGGGGUUCCCUAUAUCUCGAUGAAAGAGGAACAGGAUGCAAUGGACCGAGCGCAUAAAGACAAGGACAAGUUGUCGAGAUCCCUGAUCAAUCUCAAUACAUUGGCUCCGGGCCAUGCACAAUUCAUUCGACAAGUCCGGCAUAGUAUCAGGGAGUGGAUCGAGAAGCCCGCCCCAAAAGAUGCCUAUCUGAAUAUACCAAAGCCCGCUGGUAUGACCGCGGCUUACAAACUCCCACUGGAACUGGACAACUACCAGAAGCGGCUCGUGCACCAGAUCGUUCAAAGUGAGUACCCAGGCUAUGUGAGCAUAGGCAAGAAAUCUUUCAUUCAGAUACUCCCCUAUGACAAGAUGCGGGAGAAUGUUUUUCUCCAAAAGAAGCUCCAGCGCACUCGUUGCAACAUAGCUAGCCAGAAGGGCUUCAGCUGGGUCAUCGAAGCUUUGAUGGGGAGCGAUCUUUCAAAGCUCGACUUGAGACUCCUCUGGAGGCCUGAUGGCAUGUUCACCGCAGCCGAGGGAAGUAAACUCACAAAGGAAAGUGAGGCUCUCCGGGAAAAGCUGAGGUCAGGGCCUCCUGUUUUAGUUGGACAUAAUCUGUUCACAGACCUUGUCAACUUUUACAAAUGUUUCAUUGGCGACCUGCCCAGUCGUGUGGAGGAUUUCCAGCAAGCAAUCAAUGAGCUGUUCCCUUUGGUCAUUGAUACGAAGUACAUGGCAACUACUGGGGGGGUAUUACGAGACGCAUCCUCAGCCCUGUCAACACUCAUGGAAAACCUGGGUUCAAGGGUGGUGCCUAAAUUUGGUAUUUUGUUUCACUCAAUGCACCUGCUUCUUCCUUCUUCUCGGAAUCUAACGUUUUGUGCAAAUGGUAUAGAAACCCACCCAGAUCACUCCUCGUACACCGUCAGUACCCCAAUACACGAAGCGGGGUAUGACAGCCUUAUGACAGCCCAGAUUUUCCUCAAGCUCGCAGUGCAACUCUAUGAAACAAGCAGUUCGCGAGAGGCACUUGUCAGUCGAGCCAAUGGGGACGCUACCGAGAUUGACCUGAUGGAUUUAUCGACCGAGCCAGAUGAGCAAGGGAAGACAGAAAACACGACGCAACAAAAGCUCGUGUAUGGCCAUGCAACCAAAUUUGACCUCCUGUUGGACAUGGAUGAUGAAGAAAGCGGCGCUAGCUCUGUGGGCCCUUCCGAGCAAGACAGUCUUCUUGAGCAGAAAGUAAUCGAAGGAAAGCUUCUACCACGGCUUGAUGAUGACUUUUGGAGCAAGUACAUAAACAAGCUCAGGGUCUUUGGAACAACUGAGGAAAACAUCAACUUUGAACGUGGAGAAUCCUCCCUAAGCCGAAUUUUUGGUGGUUGCUUCUGUGCCUUUUAA